AUGGGGUACCUUGACCCCGAUGCCGCCGACGAUGAAGAGACGGGUGUCAUUACGGAGCGAUGCAAAACGGAGCGCUCCGAGCGAUCGGAACGGAGCGAUCCGAAGGAACCAGUGAUGCAGUCCUGGCUCCGUGGCUUUACCAUCGUCCUUUUUAACUUCACCACCAGCAUCAUGUUGGUGAAUUCAGUCAAGUGCCUAUACGAUUGGUGUGGCUUCAAAUUCCCUCUCUUCAUUGCUGGUACACACAUGGUCUUCUCUUGGGUCGCCACAGCAAUGAGUUUACAUCUGGGCAGUGCCUCCAACUUUAUGCCGAUGGCAGAAAGGAUGGAGAAGGUCUUGCCAUUCACAUUGUUCCACGCCGCGUCCCUGGCAUGCGCCAAUUUUGCCCUGACCUAUAUGUACCCAUCAUAUCAUGAAAUGAUUCAAUGCUUGACACCUCUGUUUACGUUGAUCACCAGCAUGAUUUUGGAUGGAAGACGCUACAACAGCUGGGCAUACUGGGCCAUGAUUCCAGUCUGUGGUGGGGGAGCUAUUUGUUCCUUCAAUGAAGUGAACUUCUCGGUCGUUGGUUGCACUCUGUCUAUCUCUGCAGUGGUCUUCCGGUCAUUGAAAACCAUCUUGCAAGGGCGGCUGCUUUGUGAUCAAAACGUCGAUUCCAUCACGCUGUGCUACUACAUGGCUCCUUUUAAUCUGACGAUCUUGGCUACAGCCUCUGCUCUCACCGAAGGCACCAGGCCUUUUCGCACACUCUUCAAAGCAGAAAGCAGUUUUGCAGAGCAAUUCUACCUGUGGAUAUGGCUGCUGGUCUCGGGUUUUCUGGCCUGCAGCUUCAAUAUUCUCAGCUAUAUGACCAUCAAACACCUUUCCCCAGUGGGCACCAAUGUGAUCGCCAACGCCAAGACACCCGCCAUCAUUUUGAUGUCGACCUUGUUUUUCGGGAACCCAGUGAGGCGCCUCCAAUGGCUGGGUUUGCUGGUGACCUUCUUUGGCAUCCUUCUGCAUUCCCGAAAAGGCCGUCUCUUGGAGGUGGACAAAUAG